UUUUAAGUAGUAAUACGAUUAGAACCAGAUGUGCAACAUAAGCUAUGACGGUUUUUGUUACAAUCUUCGCUCAUGUUCUAGAAUAUGAGGGUAUUUAAGGUGCCCACAAACUUUCGUCAGCUAGUUUUCAGAGGGUAUUCAAAGAUAGAGACUGUGGAUAGAUAAUUUGCAUCACUCUUCAAUAUGUUUCAGCCAUUCUUCUUCCUUGUGAUGUUGGUUCUCUAUACUCUGAGUUCGUUUGCGCCUGUAAACGGAAUUCCAGUUCAAAAGCAUCCAGCGAAAAGCUCGCUCACUGAAGAGUGCGAAAGCUUAUCAGGACCUGAAGGCCCAAACGGAGCGUCCUCUCUGUUUCAAGACGCGGCUCCCAAUGCCCACAAUGAAUUCCACAAAAUGGAAUCCCAAAGUAAGAUAGAUGUAUCACCACGAGGACUUCAUCCUAAGAACGUGGAAGAUAUAGCUGAUGAACAUGCUUGCCGAAAAGUGGAUAGGAUGGUCAACGCUGCAGACGAUAGCAUCGUGCAUCCUCGCCGCUUCAAUGCUUAUCAGUGCGUGGGGAAAUGCAACAUAAAACAACUUCAAAAUGUCAACAACUAUGCACGGGUGACCCUGAACAUGAAGAAUAAAGUAAAUUCGACGGAUGGCAUGGCUGCCUGUUGUGUGCCGGUCAAAUUGCGGCCAAUCCGUAUAUUGUAUUUUGAAAAGGAAACCUUAGAAAUACGUUCCCUUGAUAAUAUGAUUGUCGAAGAAUGCGGGUGUUACCAAAUAUUCCAAUAGGGCAGACACGACAACAUUUUUAGCUUGUUGAAGGCAGACCUUAAAUAAUGAACAGCUUUAAUCUAGAUAAAAGCAUCAUUGUGUCGUUAAGUUAAGUAGUUUAAAUCUGACAAAGGAACGAUAUUAAUCGCUAUUGAAAUUUCUCAUUCAUCGUGAUGUUGUGAAAUCCAAAGAAGUCCACCUAUGCUUUUUUAUUUUUAGUUAGGCGCUACAUCCUUUGAGUAAAUGACUUUUUUUCUAACAUACAAAUGACAGAGGAAAGGCUGAGUUCUUUCCAAGGUUUAUUAAAUGAACUUUCUGAUCA